UGUCAAGCCCAGCGCCAAGCACGUCACCGCGACCCCGGCAACCAAAAACUACGUAACCCAAACAAUCGAAAGGGAACUUUAAACUUUGUUGCUGCAGCUGAGGGUGGUGAGUGGUGCGAUAACGGGAUGAGUCGAUCCAACUAGCUGCGCUCCGCCAUCGAUGUUGACCUUUGAAAACGAGUUGAGAUUACUCUUAUCGGCGGCGAAAUUCGAGCGGACCACGUCCAAGAGUAUCACAUCCCAGUGAAAUGACCGCAGCCGGUAGUACCGCUUGCUCCGGUUCCCUUGUCAAAAAUUUGAUUCCGCGUAUUCGUUGAAUGCCUUUGUUCGGUGCUUGUUGUCCGUGUCAGUGAUUUUGGUAUAAAGGAUAGCGACAAUGACUUUCAUUGACUUCGUCCUGAACGUGAUGGACCCCUUCGGGGUGAUCCGCAACCGAAUCCUCAAGCCGUUUUUCGAGUUUUCCCUGUCGAUAUACGACCAUUACCGCAGCAGAACCAAGGAAGGCGUUCUAACAAUUCGUGAUUUGAUAUUUCGAAUGGCCAUCGUCGCCUUGGCAAUCGCAAUCAUUAUCUGGACAGCAGUUUUCAUGUAUGUCGCGUUCUAUUACACCCACAUGCCGGCAAUUGCGCACACCCGUCCAGUGAACAUGCAAUUCGAGACAUGCUCAUACGACACCAGUGGCCUAUGCUCGUUCCCGCAUGCUCAUGUUUCGCUAACGAAAAAGCAGCAGCUUCUGAUGGUCGGCCAGUCGUACCGGAUUUUCGUUUACAUCGACAUGCCUGAAUCCCCCCAAAAUCAAAAGCUGGGAAUGUUCCUGGUGUGUGCUGACCUUCGUGACGCCAGUUCUAAACUUCGCGGACAUUCCUGUCGAUCGGCCAUGCUGCGCUACAAAUCGCCGCUCCUACAACAAAUUUCCACUUGGCUUCUGAGCCCACUCUUGAUACUGGGCUUACGCGAAGAAUAUCAGAACAUUCCAGUAGAAUUGUUCUCGAAUUACAACGAAGAACAGUUGCACCCCGUAACUGAUGUCUACAUCGAGGUGCAGUCAAAGGCGAUUCAGUUCUAUUCCGUCUCAUUGCAUAUCAUUGCCGACUUCACAGGACUCCGCUAUGUCAUGUUCCAUUGGCCAACUGUAUCUGCUAUCAUUGGUAUCAGUUCGAACCUCUUCUUCAUUUUGAUGAUCUUUCUACUAAGCUGGUAUCACUGGUCUGAUACCAAGUGGAUUGUAGAUGCCCGCGAACAUUACCAAAAGUUCCGUAAAACAAAAUCCGAUCUUUCGACAACCACCAUCGACGAUAGCAACAACAUCCUGGACGAUGAUGAUUUGAGUAUCUUAGAGGAGAAAUCUUCGAACAAAUCGGAUGAUAUUGAAGAAGUGAGCGGAGCGAGUGGAGUGGAAGGCGGUGGCGAGGAGGAGGAAGUCGAAAGUGCCGAGAUUAGACAGAGGAAGUUAACGCAGACUGAGUAUGGAUUUUAAAUCUAGUGAUCUAAGACACGAAUUAUAUUUUUCCUAAAGAUUGUGCUUGAGUAGCGAACCAAAGGUAACUUUAGUACUAAUUUAUAUCUAAAAUUUAGUUUUACAAGAAAUAACUGCAAUUCAAUUGCUGGCAGCUCUGCAUGCAGCUCCUGCAGAACAAAAAAUCACUUUCAGCAAUAACAUCUCGCUCUAUCCAAAAGAAAGAUUUAAACCCUAAGAUGGUCUUUUAAUUUAAGUUUUUUGCCAUGAAUGUUUUUGAUAUUUUUACAUGAAUAUGUUAAUCUCUCUAGUGUAAGUUUACAUUCUGCCGCUUCUUAUUUAACCUCCACACCUAGAACUUUGCAUGGAAAUAUACACAAAAAUGUGGGCCAAUGCCUACUUUAGAGGUGGAGCCAACUACUUCUUACUAAGUGUUUUUGAUAGGAUUCUUGGUUUAUGAUGUGCAUCUUUGUGAUUACUCGAACUCCGAGAAAAUAAAAGUAGUAACGUGUAAAUA